GUAGUAGGACUGUAGGAGGUUCAGGAAACCUCUUUCCUUCAGUUUCCUCCCUAAAAGCCAGUCCCAAUAUCACAGGAAAAGAAGAAGAAGAAGAAAAGGAAAAAAAGUACCAUCUUCAGAUCUUCUCCCCUUGCUCCUCACUACUCCUGCUGCACCAGGUUUGCGUGUGAUUGGGUGCAGCUUCAUUCAUGUGGCAGAGAGAUAGAGCAAUUCAUUUCGCAGCUGGAAUUCAAACUCGUGCGAUAGUUUUCGGCAUUGAAUAAGCAUUGUUGUGGAUUCGAUCAAGGCACGUUUAGUAAAUCAACCCGUCUUAAGGGCUGCGGCGGUGUAUGCACUGGGACCAUGCCUCGUAAAGUAAACUACGGAAUUGAUUAUGAUGACGGGUACGAUGCUUAUGAAGAUCAUGAUUAUGAUUAUGAUGAUGAUGAUGAGUACGGAAUAGAAAAGAAUGUAACAGGCAAAGCAGUUGAGUCAAAGCGCGAAACUGAAAGGCCUAAGGUCUGGAGUUGUUCCAUUUGCACGUAUGAUAAUGAAGAGAAUACGUCUGCAUGUGACAUUUGUGGGGUUCUUCGCAACCCUUUGUCUAAAAGCAAUAGAGAUAAUAAAACAGUUGAAGGCAGAUGCAAAGAUUCUGGAGUAUCCAUAAUGGCCAAGUCUAUUUUUGCAUCAUUGCCGCACCAGAAGCCAAAACAGGCUGUACUAUUUCAUCAGCAGAAAGAUGAUUCUAUGAUAGAAGAGGGCAAUAACUUCCACAGGCUUGGGGAUUUCAAAGGACCUAUUCAUGAAUUCCUUAACACUUUUAAUGUUCAUAACAAACACCGUAUUGAUAUAGCUCCUUUCAAGUUUGAUGUUCCAUCCCCAGAUGACGUGGUUUAUAAUGGAUUGUGGUCCUCCAAAACAGGUUCAAAAGCUGGUGUUAUUGACUUGAAAUCUUCAAAAGCUUCCCCAAAUGUUGCGAAGAAGAGUAGUGCAGUUAGUGCACAAUCAAGUGCUGAAUGGUCAGGUAGUUCAUCUACAAUGGCACAAAAAAGGGAACAAGGUAGAUUAGAUAAGGAAAUUCAGUUGGAGAAUCAGACAGUUAGUUAUCACCAUGGAAGUAGUGGCGCGAUUACUAUACAAGAAAAUGGUAAAUUUUCAGAGAGUUCAUCUGCUUCGCAGCCAACAAGCAGACGUGACAGUGGGGUUGAGAGCACUUCUGAAAUUAGGGGCAAGUCACAGAGUGUUACCAGUGGCUUGAAAAACAUGACUUUGGAUGCUCGAUCUGGAUAUUCUAAUAGUGUUAGUGUUAGAGAAUCUCGUUCACAAGCGGACUAUAAACCUGAGAAGUGGAUGCUUCCUGACCAAGCUAUAGAUACACUGACUCAACUGAAUCUUGCAAUAGUUGGUCAUGUUGAUUCUGGAAAAUCAACACUCUCUGGUAGGUUGCUUCACCUUUUGGGAAGGAUAUCUCAGAAAGAAAUGCACAAAUAUGAGAAAGAGGCAAACUUGCAGGGAAAGGGGUCCUUCGCAUAUGCUUGGGCAUUGGAUGAGAGUACCGAAGAAAGGGAAAGAGGAAUAACUAUGACAGUGGCUGUUGCAUACUUUGAUUCCAGAAAAUAUCAUGUUGUUGUGCUCGACUCUCCUGGCCAUAAAGAUUUUGUUCCUAACAUGAUAUCUGGGGCAACACAAGCUGAUGCUGCAAUACUUCUCAUAGAUGCCUCUGUUGGUGCAUUCGAAGCUGGUAUGGAUGUUGGCAAGGGACAGACAAGGGAGCAUGCACAACUUAUUAGAAGUUUUGGUGUUGAUCAAAUUAUAGUUGCUAUUAACAAGAUGGAUAUUGUUGAGUACUCCAAGGAUCGAUUUGAUUUGAUCAGACAGACACUUGGAACAUUUCUCCGUUCCUGUGGUUUCAGAGAUUCUUCGGUGUCUUGGAUUCCAUUGAGUGCCAUGGAAAAUCAAAAUUUGGUAGCAGCUCCUUCUGAUGUCCGUUUAUCGUCUUGGUACCGUGGACCUUACCUGUUGGAUGCAAUUGAUUCCCUCAAACCUCCUACAAGAGAGUUUUCAAAGCCAUUGCUGAUGCCUAUAUGUGAUGUCAUCAAAUCUUCUUCACAAGGACAGGUGUCUGCUUGUGGUAAAUUGGAAGCAGGAGCUCUUCGAAGUGGAUUCAAGGUUCUGGUUAUGCCUUCGGGAGAAUCAGGGACUGUACGCUUGUUAGAACGUGACUCUCAGGCUUGUGCAAUUGCAAGGGCUGGGGACAAUGUGGCUGUUACUCUGCAAGGCAUUGAUGGAGGUCGUGUGAUGGCAGGAGGUGUGCUCUGUCACCCUAGUUUUCCGGUUGCAGUUGCAAAACAUUUGGAAUUGAAGGUGCUUGUUUUGGAUGUUACAACCCCAAUUUUAAUUGGUUCUCAGUUGGAAUUCCACAUACACCACGCGAAGGAGGCUGCGAGAGUGGUAAAGAUUUCAUCAUUGCUUGAUCCAAAGACUGGAAAACUGACAAGAAAGGCUCCUCGCUGUCUUACUGCAAAGCAGAGCGCGGUCGUAGAGGUCAGUCUUCAUGCACCGGUUUGUGUUGAAGAGUUCUCCAACUCCAGAGCCCUUGGGAGGGCCUUUUUAAGGGCGUUAGGAAGCACCAUUGCUGUCGGUGUUGUAACCCGGAUUAUAGAGGAGCAGAAGUAGUUCGCGCACGGUUACGGGGAUUAGGUCAGUUUUUGGUAGUGGUGCAUAAUUUUGGGGUUUGAUAGGAAUUUCGAGGUUCGGUUGUUGUAUGUGCAUUCAGCAGUCUCGGCUCAUAAACUAUAUAUACACAUGCACACACCAAGUGGUUUGUACCUUGUUGAGGACCUAUAGGUAAUUUGCAAUUUUUUUUUGGUUCUUUCAAAUAAUUACGUGAAAUGAAAAUUAAUCAGGGUUUCGUGUAUAA